UACCGACUAGGUUAUGUUUACGUCAAAGUGAAAGUCCAAACACUGUUGCCAAAUUUAUCCUCACCAUGGCUUAUGUAUAAAAUAGGUACAAAUGUUCUUCCUAGUUACUGUUACUUUUAUAACAUAUCAACACUGAAUUUACGAAAAGGAUUUCGUUGUUACUUCAUUUUGAAGGAAUAUUUUUUAUUAUGCGUUGAAAUACGAAAGAUAUAUCUUUGUUUCUGUGUAUUUUUUUUUUUUCGUACACAAACUUUCGCCAAUAUACAAUACAAAAUAAAUUGGUUUGAAUGUAUGCUUCACGCGUGGGAUAGUACUGUCAUUGUGUCAUUUGAUGAGGUUACGUCGCUACAAAUGACAGUGUUUAACCAAUGCAAAUUCAACUUGAAAGUGUAAACGAGAUGUUUAAAAGAACUGGAGUCGAAGUAUUUUAUCAAUUUUAAUUACAACAUACUGCAAUAUAAAUACUUCGUGAGAAUUUAAUGAAUGAGGGCAAAGCAAGAUAUUUUGCGGGGGGUCUUUACUGGGGUUAUCGUGACCCAGGUAGACCAAAAAUCCGCUUUAACAAUAAGCUUUUGAUCAAGACUGCCAAUGUAAGACUGAACUACUGAUGCAUGGAAUAAUCGUCUUUAACAUUAAAUACGGACAGCAUCAAUGGGAAACUGUUUUUCGUGUUUUAAGGUGUCUCUUCCACCAGCCACUGCCACUCGUUCUUCAUCAUUUGAUUAUAAAGACGAAACAAUGGAACUAAGAGGUUCAUUCUUAAAUUCUUGCCAACAAACUGGGCCCUUAAUGCCGGAGAGACAUAUAAAUGGGAAUAGGAAAUCGGUAACCACACUAUCAACAUUUAAUAAUGUAGGAUCUGAUAAUUGCGGAUCUAUGCCCAUUGUACAAAGUAAUUUGCGUUCGUCAAGAGGAUUUUAUGCACGGUUAUCACCAUUGGGUAGAUCUGGAACAUCAUCUGGUCUUAAUGCAACCACUGAAUCAAAGCAACAGAAAGAACCAUCAGAGAGCAAAUUAAAUGCUUUAUUUGACCAGUACAAGGAUUCUCACGAAGAUGUCAUUCUAGCUGAUGGUAUAGAAAGAUUUUGUAAUGACUUACAAUUAUCACCAGAUGAAUUUAAAGUACUUGUUCUUGCUUGGAAAUUAAAUGCUAAACAGAUGUGCCAAUUUACACGUCAAGAAUUUAUAACAGGUUUGAAAGCAAUGAAAGUAGACAGUAUACGUGGUAUACAAGCAAGAUUACCAGAAAUUGUUCAAGAAUUGACUGUAAACAAUGAUUUAUUCAAAGAUCUCUAUCGAUUUACAUUCCGAUUUGGCUUGGAUGUUAAUUCUGGUCAAAGAAUAUUACCGGCUGAUAUGGCAAUUGUUUUGUGGAAGCUUGUUUUCACAAUACGUGAACCACCUCUUUUGUCAAGAUGGCUAAAAUUUCUCGAGUGUCAUCAUGUUCGCGGCAUACCUAGAGAUACGUGGAAUAUGUUUUUAAAUUUUGCUGAAAGUAUCGGCGAUGACCUUAGCGUUUAUGACGAUGCAGAAGCAUGGCCAAGUUUAUUUGAUGAUUUUGUAGAAUAUGAAAAUGAUCAAAUGAACCAAAAUAUCAGUAAAGACGAUAUAAAAGAUACUUCUAUUGAUAAUUAAUAUUUGAGAAAAAAAUUUAUUAUAAGUAAAUAUUAUCAUUAUGUAUUCAACCUUUGAACAGAAGUAUUUAUGAUU